AUGAAUGAGCCGCUUGUGGACGCUGACGGCUACCCUCGCGCCGAUGUGGACAUCUACCAAGUCCGGACUGCGAGACACAACAUCAUCUGUAAGGGGCCCCCCAGUCCCUCCACCACUUCACCUUCUCCUGUCCUUCCCCUCCACCCCACCCCCCAACCCACCCCACAGGACGAUGGCUUCUUCAAGAAGGACAGCCCCAUGGAACUGGAAGAGUUUUUCACCACUGAUGAUUACAUGUCGGGAUCUUCGGACACCCUCUUCUCCACCCUGUCCAGUCACCAGCUGGUCACCUGGCCAAAUUCGAAGGAGAGAGCACACCUGGGCAACGCCGACAUGAUUCAGCCGGGACUCUACCCUCUGCAGCCCAACUGGAUGGAGACUCUGGAUUUUUUCCCAGAUAUUUUCGCCUCUCCGACCAUCACUACCUCCAGCCUGACCUCCAGUGCCUCUUUGUCGGGGGCCAUUGAUCAUUGUGCCCAGACGCCGAGCCUCUCCCCGACCGCGUUGCGCAGCCCGCUUGCGACCGUCAGCCUGGGCGAAGAGCUGGUGGCCCCUCCGGUGCCUGAGUCCCUCCUCUCCCCCGACCAGUGCCUGGGCCUGAAGAACGAGGGGCCUUGCCUGCAGACGCCCAGCUUCCCCUCCGAGCUGCCCCAGGCCCACUUCCUGCCUCGCUUUGCGGCCCUGGGGCUGCCUCUCCAGGCGGACGUCCCACCGCAACCGCCUCAGCAGACCCUGCUGUCCUUGAACCCAGAGCUGGCCUUGCAGGUCCCCAUCUUCACGCCGUCCGAGGCGGCGAAGUUCGGCCCCGCCAAGCCUUCCGUCAUCACCCACACCGCCUCGGCCUCCCCCACGCAGAACGUGCAGGCCACCGCCUUCAGCCACGGCCCGGCGGGACUCUUGGCCCCCCAGCAGCCCGGGGCGGGGGUGCCGUGUACGGUGGCCACACUCCAGGCGGCGGUGGUACAUCCACAAGCGCUCCUCCACCCGCCCGCCCCCUUCGUCCUCCCCAUGGCGGGCCCUGGUCUGCGGGCCAGGAAACCCCAGCAUAUUGCCCCCGCCCCCGCGGAGCCUGUGCCUUUGAUGCUGAACAGUGCCUUCCUCUCCCAAGUCCGGGACUGCCAGCCGUCGAGACAGGCUUCUCCCCACCCAUCCGAGCAGGGACUCAGCCCUCACUCCCCCCAGAGUAACCGGUCCAGGAAAGGCACACCUGAGCCACAGGUCUCCCUCUUCAAGCCACAGAGUCGCAGAAUGAAGCAUAUCUCAGCCGAGCAGAAGCGGAGGUGUAAUAUCAAGAUUGGAUUCGGCACCCUCAACAGCCUGGUCUCCCCAAACUCUAAAUCGAUCAGCCACGCCCUGACCCUCCAGAAGACGGUGGAGUACAUUGCCAAGCUGCAGCAGGAGCGUUCGCAGAUGCAGGAGGAAGCCAGGCGCCUUCGGGAGGAGACGGUGGAGCUGAACGCAGCCAUCACCUCCUGCCAUCAACAGUUGCCUGCCACGGGGGUCCCCAUCACCAGGCAGCGGUUUGACCAGAUGAGGAGCCUGUUUGAAGAGUACAUCCGGAACCGGAGCCAGCAAAACGUGAAAUUCUGGAUUUUCAGCGUCAUCAUCAAGCCUUUGUUUGAAACCUUCAACGAGAUGGUGUCCACCACCAGCCUGCAGGAGCUGAACCGGACAGCCUUGGCGUGGCUGGAGAAACACUGCUCGCUCCCCGUCCUGAGGCCCAUGGUUCUGAACAGUCUCCGCCACUUAAGCACUACAACCUCCAUCCUCUCGGACCCGUCCCUCUUGCGGGAACAAGCCACCCAGGCCUUGGGACAGCUGCAGAAAACGCCUGGAGAAACGUAGCAGAAGACAACGGGGUCAACCACGGCGGACAUCCCUGCCUCAGUAGAGACUUCUCAAGUUCGGGACUUCCUCCUGCUGGCUGAGAAUACAAGGAUCCGCUUCCCCCAGCUGCAGGAGGAGGCCUGGGAAGCUUCUUUGCGCUGACUCCACCGUCAGGGACAUCCAAGAGGAGGCAUCCAAGCGUUGAGGUCCUUCAACGUUGCUUUUGUGGGUCGAAGGCGAAAAUAAUGCAACUCAGGGAAAACUCGUUUCCAGCAACCUCUCUGAAUAAUAUGCAGUUAGGAAUAAGCUUUCUUCUUUCAGCCUGACCUCCAGUCACCAGGGGUGGGUUUGCAGUGGUUAGGACGCAGCGUUGCGGGCAAAACUCUGCCCCGCCACCUGGUGUUCGAUCCUGGCGGAGCUCAAGGUCGACCCAGCCUUCCAUCCUUCCUGAGGCGGGUCAAAACGAGGAGCCGUUUUGUAGAAUUGCAAGCUCGUGGCAAGGAGGAUUUGCAGUGUGCAACUCUCGCUCUGCAUUGUAAGUUGCUCCAGAGGGUGCGGUGAAGUGGUAUACAAUCCCCAAACGCUGUUGCUAUUGGAGAGAAGGAACCGGAAGAAAUUCAAAUAUCUCCUGGCUGAACUAAGAUGGAAGCCGAGAUCUCAAGGCCUUCCACUUUCUUUUACUUUAUUGGCCUCGUACAACGAAAUUAAAGGCCACCUUCGGUGUACAAUGACAGUUCAGGUUGUGGCUGUUAAGGAAAUCAGGUGCCGUCAUUGAGCACAACAUCAGGGGGGUGGUUGGUUUCCUCCUUGACUUAAUACAAUGCAAUAACAAGAGUUGGAAGGGACCUUGGAGGUCUUCUAGUCCAACCCCCUGCCUAGUCAGGAAACCCUACACCACUU